CUUCUUGGUGAUAGCAAAGAUAUCCUUGGGCCAGCAACUGUUGUAGCAAACAGUGACGAAUCUCAGCUUCUUCUGACACCAGGAAAGAUGAGUCAGCGCCAAGGCAAAGAAGCUUAUCAAACAGCAACUAAAGAUCUGCAUCAGCCAUCUCUCAGUCCUGCAAGUCCUCAUAGCCAGGGUUUUGAAAGAGGAAGGGAAGAUAUUUCUCAAAAUAGAGAUGAAUCUUCACUUUCCAUGUCAAAGAGCAAGUCUGAAUCAAAACUUUAUAAUGGCUCGGAGAAAGACAGUUCAACUUCAAGUAAGCUCACAAAAAAAGAAUCCCUUAAGGUGCAAAAGAAAAAUUACCGAGAAGAAAAGAAAAGAGCCACAAAGGAGUUACUCAGUACAAUCACAGAUCCUUCUGUUAUUGUUAUGGCUGAUUGGUUGAAGAUUCGUGGUACUCUAAAGAGCUGGACCAAGUUAUGGUGUGUGCUGAAACCUGGGGUAUUACUAAUCUAUAAAACCCAAAAGAAUGGUCAGUGGGUUGGAACUGUUCUGCUGAAUGCCUGUGAAAUCAUUGAGCGUCCAUCAAAAAAGGAUGGCUUUUGUUUCAAACUUUUCCAUCCUCUGGAGCAAUCUAUUUGGGCAGUGAAGGGUCCAAAAGGUGAAGCAGUUGGAUCUAUAACUCAGCCUUUACCUAGCAGUUAUUUGAUCAUCAGAGCUACUUCAGAAUCAGAUGGAAGGUGCUGGAUGGACGCUUUGGAAUUGGCUUUGAAAUGUUCUAGUCUUCUCAAACGUACAAUGAUCAGGGAAGGAAAGGAACAUGACCUGAGCAUUUCAUCAGAUAGCACCCAUGUGACUUUGUACGGCUUAUUACGUGCUAACAAUCUCCACAGUGGUGACAACUUCCAGUUAAAUGAUAGUGAAAUUGAACGACAGCAAUUUAAGGAUCAAGAUAUGUAUUCUGAUAAAUCUGAUAAAGAAAAUGAUCAAGAACAUGACGAAUCAGACAAUGAGGUGAUGGGGAAAAGUGAAGAAAGUGAUACUGAUACAUCAGAAAGGCAGGAUGAUUCAUAUAUUGAACCUGAGCCUGUUGAGCCUUUAAAGGAUACCACUUACACUGAACAGAGCCAUGAAGAACUUGGAGAGGCAGGUGAGGCUUCUCAAACAGAAACCGUGUCUGAAGAAAACAAAAGCCUUAUCUGGACACUACUGAAACAAGUCCGUCCGGGUAUGGACUUGUCCAGGGUUGUUCUGCCUACAUUUAUUUUGGAACCUCGGUCUUUCCUGGAUAAACUUUCAGAUUACUACUAUCAUGCAGACUUCCUGUCUGAGGCUGCUCUUGAAGAAAAUCCUUAUUUCCGUUUGAAGAAAGUAGUGAAAUGGUAUUUGUCAGGAUUCUAUAAAAAGCCAAAGGGACUGAAGAAACCUUAUAAUCCUAUACUUGGUGAGACUUUCCGUUGUUUAUGGAUUCAUCCCAGAACAAACAGCAAAACUUUUUAUAUUGCUGAACAGGUGUCUCAUCAUCCACCAAUAUCUGCCUUUUAUGUUAGUAACCGAAAAGAUGGAUUUUGCCUUAGUGGUAGUAUCCUGGCCAAGUCCAAGUUUUAUGGAAACUCAUUAUCUGCAAUAUUAGAAGGAGAAGCACGUUUAACAUUUUUGAAUAGAGGCGAAGAUUAUGUAAUGACAAUGCCAUAUGCUCAUUGUAAAGGAAUUCUUUAUGGCACAAUGACACUGGAGCUUGGUGGAACAGUCAAUAUUACAUGUCAAAAAACUGGAUACAGUGCAAUACUUGAAUUUAAACUAAAGCCAUUUCUAGGGAGUAGUGAUUGUGUUAAUCAAAUAUCAGGGAAACUUAAAUUGGGAAAAGAAGUCCUAGCUACUUUGGAAGGCCAUUGGGAUAGUGAAGUUUUUAUUAAUGACAAAAAGACUGAUAACUCAGAGGUUUUCUGGAACCCAACACCUGACAUUAAGCAAUGGAGGUUAAUAAGGCACACUGUAAAAUUUGAAGAGCAAGAUGAUUUUGAAUCAGAGAAACUCUGGCAACGAGUAACUCGAGCUAUAAAUGCCAAAGACCAAACUGAAGCUACUCAAGAGAAGUAUGUUUUAGAAGAAGCUCAAAGACAAGCUGCCAGAGAUCGGAAAACAAAAAAUGAAGAGUGGACUUGCAAGUUAUUUGAACUAGAUCCACUCACAGGAGAAUGGCAUUAUAAGUUUUCAGAUACUCGACCAUGGGACCCACUUAAUGAUAUGAUACAGUUUGAAAAAGAUGGAGUUAUCCAGACCAAAGUAAAACAUCGCACUCCAAUGGUUAGUGUCCCAAAAAUGAAACAUAAGCCAACCAGGCAACAGAAGAAAGUAGCAAAAGGCUAUUCCUCCCCAGAACCUGAUAUCCAGGACUCAUCUGGAAGUGAAGCUCAAUCUGUAAAACCAAGUACACGAAGAAAGAAAGGUAUAGAACUGGGAGACAUUCAAAGUUCCAUUGAAUCUAUAAAACAAACACAGGAAGAAAUUAAAAGGAAUAUUAUGGCUCUUCGAAAUCAUUUAGUUUCAAGCACACCUGCAACGGAUUAUUUUCUGCAGCAAAAAGACUACUUCAUCAUUUUCCUCCUGAUUUUACUUCAGAUCACAAUAAACUUCAUGUUUAAGUAGGAGUUCUCCACAGUUGAAUCAGUGAACUAGAAAGAUCACAUUUGGGAAUGUUCUUGUUCAACAAGUCUGUUUGGUCUUAUUAAAAUAUCACAACAUUUCUAAAAUGAAAAAUUAAGAGGUAAAUGUAGUGGUGUCUACCUUUCUAUAUUUUAUCCUUAACCUGAAACAAGAGCUAUCCAAUUUGGUUAUUAAAGUGAGCUAUAUGUUAAGUGCCAGGACAUUUCUAGCUUUUGUGAGAAUGUGUCUACAUGUGAGUAUAAUAAAUCCACAUGUAUACACAGCAUCUCUAACGUACUCUUACCUGAUUAGUCUUUGUAUUCUAUAGUAUAUUCUAAGAUAUAAUGUUAACAUUGUUCAUAACAAAAAUGCUAUCUUAUAAAUAUAUGUAUAGUAAUCUACUUUCUUUAUAGAACAGGCACAAAAUUUUAUAAAGGAAUUAUAGAGUGGGGAAUGAUGGAAUAAUAGACAUAUUAUAAAUAAUUUGAUUCACUGUACUAUUAAAAUCAUUUCCAAACUACCCAGCUCAAUUGUCUUCUUAGAAACAGCAAAAAAAAAAAAAAAGUACAAAUGGUCAAAAUUAAUAUACUGAAAGAAACAGGUGGAAAAAUUUUUUAAAGUUUACAUAAGACUUUUUAACCCCCAUAAUUUAAUAUUUGUAGAAACAGGUAUAUAUGUACUUAUGUGUAUAUCAAUGUAUAAAACUGGUAUGCAGUACUUGGACCUAUUAAUUAUAAUACCACCUUAAGCACUUGCUGAAAAGUAUGGUCAAAAUUGAUUGCUGUCAUUUUUUCUCACAUUAAAUCAGCAUAGGCCAAAUUCUAGAGAUGUUUAUAGGAAUAUGAAAUACUGAUGCUUUGUGUUUUUUCUUAAUAAAAAACAUUUAUAUACCAUUUAGACCCUAGUGUGUUCAACAGAUAAGUAGAAUAGAAAAUGUAAUAAUCAAUAUUUUACUUCUAAAGCCAAAAGGAAGAUGGCAAUAAAAGACACUGGAUGAUGGCCUUUAUGUGGACAUUAAAAUUGCUUCCCUUAAACUGUGCAAUAAGUUGAGCAUCUAAGAGUAUCAAGUUUUGCAGUUUGUUUAUUACCCCCUUCCGUUCUUAGAACUUCAUUCUGUGGCAAAACCACAAUUCUUUAAGAUUUAUUUUGUUCAGGCCCAUGCAAAAUUUUUUCCUACUUUUUUUCAUAUUUCUUCAGUUUAAUAUUUUGACUUUGUGUUUUCAUAUAAAUACUUAUAGUUUCUAAAGACAAAUUUUGCAAAUGUUGUUUGGGGAUAUGUUGUUGUAAAGUGUAUCUUUGCAUCUUGGAGGUAGGAUUUUGAAAUGAUUUUUAAAAUGAAAAUGAAGAUCAGAGAGAAUAAUUGCUCUAGCUACAUCUGCCAUCUUACAGAAGAGACUAUGGGUAGUAAAAUUUUAGUCAAUUCUUUAUUCCAUGAUAAAUAUAAAAUCAAGGGAUAAUUGCUAAAUUGUGAAAAUUGAAAAUGACAAAACCUGAUCUUUUUUCCUAAUGUGACUAUCUUUAGUACCUUUUAGGAUUGUAAUAAGAGCUGUUUACCAUGCAAUGUUAGCGAAACAAUGCUAUAUUCCAUGUGUACAAAUGAAAAUAAUUUUAAAUUGAUAACAGCAUAAAUAUUACUAUAUCCAGUAUUUUCAUGACUAUCUUAGAAAAGGUGGGGUUUUUGAGUUAUAUUUCAUAUUUUUCAGUAUAUUUUUUGUAUUCAUAUUCUAUUACCAAUAUUAUACUCAACUGCCUAUUCACUGGCAUAUUUUGUAAAUAUUGUAUACUUUGAUUUUUUAUGGUUUAAAUUAGUAUUAAUUUAUGUUAUAUAUAACUUGAUUGGCUGAUCACAAAAGUCAUUUCACCUCUAAACCCUGAAAACUUAGUUUUUCUAGGUGAGCUGCCUUAGAGUUUUAGUCUUAACCACUUGUAUGCUGUUUUCAUUUAGUCUGAAUAGUGUUCAUUUGUACGGAUAUCUUCUAAGGCUGGAAAGGUAAUAUUUCCUUUAUUUUUUUAGAUUUCUUUGUAGGGCACAUGUUAUGGGUUUUUAGCCACAAGUCAAAAAAUAAAGAGCAGGGUUAUCUAUGACUGUUUCUUCUACACUGAAAGCAUAUAUCUAAUCUAAUAAUCCUUGUAUGCUUUUAGUUAUAUAAGUUCCUAUGAACUGAACAUAAAACUCAGGAAUUGGUGGCUUUAUUUUAGAUCAAUGCUUGUAUUAGCUUUUGUAUGUGGAUCUAAAACACAUAACUUUGUAUUUAGCCAUAAGUUUUUGACUUUGAAUGUUCCCUACCUGAGAUUAAUCUUUCUUCACACAUGGAUUGAUAAUGUGAUUUACAGUUCCCAACUAUCUCAGAGCCUCAUGAUGGUUUCUAGAAUUUAUGACCUUAUCCAAAAAAUACUCACAUUAAAAUUUAGAUGAGUAAUAAUUAUUGACACAUGCAUUUUUGUUUUAUUGUUAAAUGUACUAUAUCUUCGGUUAGUCACCAUUUAGUGAGAUAUUGCUGGCUAGGAAAAGACACUAGGAUAUGUGAAAUAUUAAGUUACAACAGUACACAUUUUACUUGUAUUUCAUAUCAGUACUUUUUUGUAUCACUUAUAAAGGUACAGUGUAAUCUUUGUCACAGUUCAGUUGACAACUGCAUUCCAUUGAAAAGCCGGCCUUGUAAAAUACAACCUUCAUUUAAUAUUCAUGCUUUUGUGCCUUUAAGAAAAUAUUUUUUGUCAUUUUUGUGUUGCAGAACUAUAAUAUGAUUCAAGGUGUUUAUAGGCUUACUUGCCAUAAAAGGGUCAUUUCUCUUUGUCACUUUAUUUCCUUUUAUACAGGUGAAGUAUAUUUAAACAGUAAUGCUGUACUUUUAUAAGGGUUUGUCUAUUUAUCUAUUUCAAAUAUAGUCUUACUAUCUAAGACAUUGAAGUAGACAUGUCAGAUUAUUCUGAGUAUUGUAAACAGUGCCUUUUUGAUGGAAUUCACACUGUUCUGGGUGUCAACUUGUGCCAUAUACACAAAACUUUGUGAAAGGCAGUUUCAACUUUUUGAAGAAUAUCUUCAACAUUUAAGAAAACAAAUGUAUAAAAUUCCAUUUUGUCCAUUGUUUAGCAUUUCUAAUGAACAAUGAAUAGUUUUUUUGACAUACAGUGAUGAUGGCAUUGUUGAUGAGCCAUACAUGAGACUGCAGAUUAUUUUGAGUUACGUUAAAUGUACAGAAAUAAAAUAUUAACAUUUAUAUAAAAUUUUGUGAUCUGAACCAAUGGGGGAACCCCACAGAAAUGAGUAAGUUUACAUUUCAACUUCUAUCUUAUUUGAGUAAGUGUAAAGAAAAGGGUUCUUUAAAAUAUAUAACCUCCUACUAUUAUGUAAUUUGGUUUCAUUUUGUUGUACCUAUUGUGUGAGUUCAGUGUAUUUAAUUUACAUUUUCUUACUCUUAACAUACUAUUUUUGUUACAGUUUUUAACUGAGAGUGGACUGUUAAAAUUGUACAGGACCGGUGUCUUAUGAAUCAGAUUGACAUACUUUGAAGAGCCACAAGAAACCCAUGACAAAAUGAAUGUGAAUAUACUUUCUAAAACAUUUAGAAAAAUUUGUCUUUCUGCAUUUAUCAUGCAAUAUUAUUUUAGUAUUACAGUAUAGAAAGUUUUCAUUUAAAGAAAAAUGCCAUGAAAUAUUUGAACUGAUGAGCCACAGAACUUCAGUUGAAAUUUUUUCACUUUUUAGCAUGCUAAAUAUACAUUUAAGUUUAAAUAUCCUAUUUGAUGGCCAAUUUUAAAUUCAAGCACUACCACUGGUCAGUUUUGUAUGAUAUACUAAAAUUAUGUUAUCUAUAGUAUAAGAAGUAUAUAGCACACCAUCAAAUUCUUUUCCUUAAGGUGCAUAGUAAAUGUACAGGUAAUCAUAGGCUUCUGUUUUGUAAUGUAUUACAUUUCUAAGCUGUUAUUCCUUUCCUGUUAUAAGUGUUUGCAGAGAGAAGAAAAUUGAAUUUUUCUAAUGAUCUGUAAAAUUAUGCUAACUUCUACCAGUAGGCAUUCUAAAUAAAAUUUUUAAAAACA